AUGCCAAUGGAUGAAUGUCGGUCAUGUUUUGUCAUCUUUCUGCUUCUGAUUGCUAUCGUUGAAUGCAAGAAAAUUGAUGGUUGGCCUAUGAGUGCAUCUGGAACAGUUCAGACUAAUUGGACUGGUACUUGGUAUGGUGCGACCGAAGCCUAUCCGAAAGGUACAUUAGGCAAUGGCUGGAAUGUGACAUUUGAGAUUGGACCCUACCCAAUGGUUGAUAAUAAUUGCACCAUGUGGCGAAGCAUUUUUAAAGAGAAUGGUACAAUUAAACUUACUAAAGACAAUCGUUUCUGUCGAGAACAUGGUCCUGAUGAUUUGUAUAUUUAUGACGGUAGUAGUGGUGUGAAGGUAGCAGUACAAUGGAUCCAUAAUAUGUUGGUGUCAUCAUUUAAAUAUAAUGGUGUAUUUGCCGUCGCCACCAUGCGAAUGCGUGGAGACAUCCUUGAAGAAGAGAUUUUAAUUACUGGUGACAAUCCCGCUAUUAAAGAUGUCAUGGUGUCUGUACGAACACAUAGUAUUCAUUUAAAGACAAUGAGACGAAUGUCUAUGUCCAACAAAACUAUCUCUAAUUCCUGUAAAAAGAACAAAGACACCAGGUCUAAGAAACGAGGAUAA